AUGGACUAUAAGCGAAAGCAAAUCUCGACCGUGUUUACGCCGGUCAACAAGCGCACCAGGGCCGACGGCAGCCAACCGCCGCCGGUUGAGAGCCCCACAGUACCGCCUGUGAAGACCACAGCCGAUAUGUCAACUGAAAUUGACGACCCAGGGACUCUGCGACACCCAUUAGUCAGUAUUUCUAAUUCAGGGUCGGGCUGUGACUCAAGCACAGCGCCGACACGCAACUCAACCUCUGAUUCCGAAUUGGCUGUGAAUAGCCACCCCAAGUCGGUCGUUUCUAACAACAGUGCAUACGCGGCGUGCAUGAAAACCAGAAUCCCUUCGAGCAGAAAGUGGGGCUCUGCGUUCGAGAGGGAGAUGCACGGCGUAAUGCAAAAAUAUUUUUACAAGGACAUCCCCGACCUUAUCGACCUGGCUGCGCCAAGAAACCAAGCGUCCAAGGAGAAGGCUAACGAGUAUAUUGCCACAAUUUGCAACACGCUGGAGAUAAUUGCAACCACUAGUUCCAGCAACAUGAACGCCGAUAUUUUGUGCGGUGGGCUGUGGAAGGUCGACUCUCGGCCAGAUAGCGAAAACGAAGUGCUGAGGAGCAAGCUGAAAACCGAUUAUGCCGCCUUUGACAACUGGAUAAACCCGCAUUUCGAUGACAGCGAUAGCGACGGCGACAGUGAUAACGAAAGUGAUGGCGGCAGCAAUAUAACCGAGAGAUCGUGCAGUUUCCAAAAGCGCACUCGGAUUCACUUAUUUUCAUUUAUCUGCUUUGUUGCGCGUUGCGUCCAAGCACUGCACUCUCGGUCGCCGAACAUGCUGAGUCACCAGAAUCCUCAAUAUAUAUUUGUUCCGUGCUGGCGGACAAUUAAUAAAGGAAAAGGCACUGGCAGCGCAACGCGCGUUGAUGUCGGAAUCCGUGGCAAGGGCUUGGACCAGGAGGUGUUUGGGCCCAAGUAUACCGAACGCCAAUUCAGCAGCCCCAACAUUGACACUGCUGUCGAUAACAGGUGCUGGUACUGGACCAAAAUUUCGGCUGUCGCGAUUUCUGAUGGAAAGAGCGAAUCGGAUGAGACAAAGGCGUAUUUGCAACUUUUUUGGUAUGCUCGCAAUAUCUUCAAGUACCAGCAUUUUCGUCGGUUUGCAUGGGGCCUGGCUGUCAGCAACAGAGUCGUACAGGCAAGCAUUUUUGCUCCCAAUUUUGCAGCCGGGUCAGCUGAUAUGGACGUCAGGACCGCCAAGGGACGCAGAGAGUUUGUCCGACUUUUGGUUUACUGGUCAUUCAACACAACCUACGAGUGGGGCUUGGAUCCGCAUGUCCGUUACUAUCACGACAAAAACUACUUUAGGAUCCAAGUGCCAGUGGAGGAUGAUUGCGAUGACGGAUUGACAGGGCCCAGGAUGAAAACGUACUACAGCAACAAGGAUGUUUGCAGUGCGGAGUGGCUAUUUGGUCGCCGCACACGAUGCUUCUUGGCGACUGAUAUCGAGCCAACUGAUGAGAAGCCCAUCAGCGAGUUGGUACCAACGGUGUUCAUCAAGGAUGCGUGGACCGUGAUUAGAAAUAAUUCGGGCAUAGAUGUUUGCGAUGAAAUAGCUCAUCAGCGCAAGAUCACACAGACGCUCAAGCGCUAUCCGGAGCUUGCGGGCACAUAUACUGUGCUCGAAGCUGGUGGUCGAGUGGAAUACCAGUUAGGCAAUGACGAUGGCCAUACGGAGGAUACCACUUGCCAGAUUUUUGGCGACUUGCUCGAUAGACUCGGCGAUAAUGAAAACAGCCGCGAGGUGCUAGAGUGCGUGCACAAGCGCAUUGCCACGUCGCCGAUUGGCAUGAGCCUCACUUACGUGGAAUCCAUCCCGGAGCUGAUAAUCGUAGUUGCUGAUGCUAUGCGAGCACAUCGCGCUAUAUUCAAGCACUGCAACAUCUUGCACAGGGAUAUCUCAGAGGGAAACAUCUUAUUCCAGCGGCUGGAGGACGGCAGCGUCAAAGGUAUGCUGAUCGAUUUUGACCAUGCAAUUGAUGCCGGCUCCAUGGGAAGCGUUUCGGAUUCUUCGCAUGUCGGCACGGUUGCCUUUAUGAGCAUUAACAACCUUGAGGGCAAUGCCAAUCCGCGAACUGAGCUGGAUGACUGGGAGUCCAUCAUAUACGUGCUGCUCUGGGCCGGGGUAUUUGGGCUUCAGCGCGCUGCCAAAAAUGACACGCCGGCCACUGCCAAUGCGAAUAACCCGUCUUUAAUCGACUGUUGGAUGAAAAACAACGCUGAAUCCUUAGCCAAAGACAAACGCAAGUAUAUGCAUAGCAGCGAGAUGUUUACCUUGUAUACUGACAAGCUCAACAAGCGCGUUCAUCACUGGCAGGUGCUUAAAAAAUUGUUGGAAAAACUGCGCGACACACUUAUUGACAAUGUCAACCUCAACAAUCUCAACUACCGAUAUACGGGGGCUCAGGUCCGCAAGUAUAUGUGGCAGCCCGAUUGUGACCCAUUCGGAGAGCGCAGUUACGCGGCGAGGAGCAUAUCUAAAGAAAUGAUGCAAUAUUUGGAUGAAUGUGCAAAAGAGAGCAAAGAAAUGUGGACUGCCGAUAAAAUGCGUGCAAAUAGCAACUGGGCAGACAAGUCUGCCUAA